AUGCCUCCCUACUCGCCCACUUCUCCAUCGUCCCUAAAGGACUUGAUAUCACUCCACUCGACCCACUUGACCACCUCUGACAUAUGCAUUCUCAACGAUCCUCCAUACAAGCUGACGAUCUCCCUCGACAUGCUUCUCCCGAAUAGUAACUGCCGAGCAGUUCGCUCUCCGCCUCGUCCUCAGAACCCAUGGAUACUCUUCCGAAAAGACUUCGAGGCCAGGUACAGGAAGCAUUCUCCAACAACUCCUGCGAGGAAAAUCUCAUCAUUCGCAAGUGAAGCAUGGAAAACGGGCGGGAGAGACGUUGCAAAAUUCUUUGAAGUAUUGGCGAAAGUGGCAGCGAUUAGACAUCAAAUGAUAUACCCAACUUACAAGUUCUCGCCAAAGAAGACUUCGCCAAAGGAAAGAGAAUGGGUGUUCAAACCAGACCCAAGAAGUGCUCAGUGUGAGGUAAUGAAUGAAGACAAGGACAGAGAGGUGGGUGGAGUGAGUGAUUGCUUGAGACUUGCGGAAAAAGGAGUCGAGAGCGAAACGAGUCCAGAAAUGGAAGAAUGCAAGGUGGAAACGACAUCUUCCACUGACUUUGCUGCGGCGUCUCUUCCAACACCGCAGUCGGGUUUGCUUUCUGCGCCAGUCUCAGAUGUGACGAUCAUAUCUCCUGAUCUAUUCCAUCAACUCGACUCGGUUGGCUCUCCUGACGCGACGUUUGACACGACCGCAUACCCUCGGCUCUCGUCCAACAAUGAUAUUUGUGAGGUCUUCCUCAAUCAAGAUGUCAGUGAAAUAUGUAACAGUGAUCUAAUGAAUAUCGAUAAGUUUGGUUUUCCCUUUAAUCAUCAUGGAAGUUGUGUAAGCAAUGAUAUGAUUGACAAUGGCGUUGGUGGGUUGGGGGAUGGUGUGGGUAGUGAUGCAGUUGAUAGUGGCGUGAAUGCAUAUGAUUUUACCAAUGAGUUUGCGCAGUACGGUUUGCCAAACAUAUCUGCGACCGAACUGUUACGAUAUGAACAGAUUGAAAUGGAGUACUUUGACUUUGAACUUUAUCAACAAGAGACAUCUGCAAUUGAUUCACCACUUUCGUGUUCGCUUGCUCAAUUGUCUGCUCCGCCGCCUGGUGUGGGUUCUGCGUACUGUGGAACCAGGUUUUGCAGCGAAUUUCACGCGAGUGAAAUAGCAGAAACACAACAAUUGCAGUCUCAGUUGGAUCAAUACCAAUUGCAACAGCAGCAGCUGGAAAAGCAACUGGAUUCUCAACUGGACUAUCAUCAACAGUGUCUCCAAAGUCAAUCUCUGUCAAGCUAA